AUGGUAGCGCUUCUUCUACUAUUCCUGACUAUCCCUGUCGCAGUUUUCACAAAAGACGUGAAAUGUCCAGAUGGCUUCUUACAUUUCAAACGGACACCCACUGCAAAGAAUAACCAUACAAAGGAUUGGUGUAUGAAAGUGAGUGUCUACGAGAAUGUGGGAAACCGUGAUAAUGCUAGAAGUGUCUGUCUGGACGAUAACGCUACAUUGACAAUCCCAGAGAAUCGAGAGGAGUAUGAAGCGAUUUCAGCAUAUAUUAGAAAAGCCAACAUCUCGGAGCCUCAUGCCAUCGAUGGACAAAUGUCUCAGAGAUGCAAGCUGAAAAUCUUCAGACAUCAACUUCUCAGGUUGAAAAUCAAUACCACAGCAUGGCCAGGCGAUUGCAAUAUUAAGAAGAAGCUUUUCUCAUUCGACGACGCCAACACUGACACCACUUUUGCUCUGAGCCAAUUCGCAAACAGUAUACCUAAUGGACAGGGGUAUUUUCAACACAAUUCGGAUCCACAAUUGUUUUGGGUGGACGAGUGUAUGAAAAUGAUUUCCACAACGGACACUGGAAAUAGGACUGCUAUUAAAUUCGCUGAUGUGUCGUGGUGCAUGGGCGCAGGGGCAGAUGAAUCAGACAAGAGCAAAUUUAUCAACUCAGUUCUGUGUGGAAGACGUCCGUUGUGA